AUGGAGCAGUUCCCCGACGGGGUGCUCGUGCGCCUGCGGAGCCGCGAGCAAGGAGGCUACCUCAACGCCGACGAGGACGGGAGGGGGGUGUCCCUGAGCUGGGACCUCAAGUCCAUGAGCAUGGCGUGGAACGUGCACCGCGUCCUCCACGACGGCUCCACCUGCUUCGUGCUCCAGAGCGCCACCUACGGCCGAUACCUCGCUGCGUCGUCUGACCCGGCGCCGCUAGGCCACCGUGUCGUCCUCGGCAGCUACGACGACUCCAUCCUGUGGAAGGCCGUCGAGUUGGGGAACGCCGGCUACAUCCUCCUGCGCCACGUCUCCAACCGCCUCCUCCGUGCCAUCGGCAGGCAGCAGAGCGGCGUCUGCAUCGACGUCGCUCAACAUCAGAGCACGAUGAUGCACUGGAAGGUCGAGACCAUCCCCACGAGCCCCACUGCACGACCAGCGGCGGCGAUUGAGUACUUUUCCUACGGGGCGCUCGUGAGGCUGCAGAGCCGCGUGCACGGAGGGUACCUCCACGCCGAUGAGGACGGGAUGGGGGUGUCCCUGAGCGGGCACCUCGGGUCGAUGAACCUGGCAUGGAAGGUGCACCGCGUCCUGCACGGCGGCUCCACCAGCGUUCGCCUCCAGAGCGCCUACCAUGGGAGGUAUCUCGCGGCCUCGUCCGAACCUGCACCGCCAGGCCACCUCGGUCGCCGCGUCGUCGUGGGCGACUGCGACCGCAACGUGGACCGUGUCCAGUGGGAGGCCGUCAGCUCAGGCGUCGCCGGCUACAUCCUCCUGCGCCACGUCUCCGACCGCCUCCUGCGUGCCGACGGCAGGUACAGCGGCGUCUCCAUCGACGUGGCUAGCAACCACCAGAGCGCGACGAUGCAUUGGAAGGUCGAGACCAUCCCAAGACCUGCGCGACCACCACCAUCCGAAGCGGCGAUGGAGCAGUUCUCCGAUGGAGCGUACGUGCGGCUGCGGAGCCGCGUGAACGGCCAAUACCUCCGCGCCGACGAGGGCGGGGUGAGGGUCUACUUCCGCCCGUAUUGCUGCGCGCUGAACGCGGCGUGGCGGGUGCACCGGGUCCUGCACCGUGGCACCAGCCUCAUCCUGCUUCAGAACGCGGCGUACGGCCGCUACCUCGGCUAUCACAGUGACAACCCCAAUAGCUCUCCCAUCCUUGUAAAAUCUGUAUAUUACAAUGACAUCAAGCAGCAGGAUUUGCACUGGGAGGGGAGGAGUCAUCCGGGGGGUGAUAGUGAGAUCUUUCUUGUGAAUGGUGGUGGGCGUCCCUUGAUCAAUCCGGAAGAUAACACUUGGACACCUUUGGUCCUGGAGUUCAUCCCAUCGAGGAGCGGGCUGGCGCCGGAUCUUCCGGUUCCAUCGGCUGAGGUGGGCUUCUUCAGGAGGCUGAUCAUAUAUAUGCAAGGUGAUGAACUUGGCAACAAAGAUUUCACCACUGCCAGAGCUAUGAUGUUUCAGGGCAGGUCUGUGUCCCGGCUCCGAGCUGAGCUUGCCGACAGUGUCGAUGAACGAAGGGUUGCUAUGUGCUUGUGGGCGGGAAUGCAUGGGCGUCUGAUCCCUCUGAUCAGCGACCUACCAGCCAACAAUCAGACUAUCGAAGUAAUCCUUUUUGUGAGCUGGUCUCAAGGUGGAGACUUGAGACUUCUUUGGGUUUACGAUACCCUAUCAUGGAUGAGGAGUAGGAUGCUCACAUCAACUUCAAUUUCGUGAUUGAUCUCUUGGAUACAGCGACAUGAGAAUAGGUCUUCGUUUCUUGGUUCAUGUAGUUUCAGAGAACUCAGCAACUCUUCUAGUUUCUGGUAGUUUUGUUGGAGGCAUUCUCGUGACUGAAAGAAGUCCCAUUCAGCUUUAGUACUACUUACCAUCUUCAUCCCUGUUGUUUGGAUGGAGCUAGUGCUUGAACGUUUUUGCGCAGUGGUGUUUUGUACAUACCAUCUUCACCUGUAUUGGGUGAUAAUACACAUUUUGGUGGCUUACUCUAUAUUUUCUCAUGAA